UAAAAGUAUUUCGUGCUAAAUCGUGCAUGCAAUCUAUAUAGCUUUUUGUGUAACUUUUAAACUCCGGCACAAAAUGAUGCGAAUCACCAAUGUCUUCAGCAAUAUUUACAAAGCUAAACGAUCACUGCAUACAACAAGCACCAGCCUGAUCAAUUUAGUUCCCAUCGUUGUGGAACAAACCGGCAGGGGUGAACGAGCCUAUGAUAUAUUUUCCAGAUUGUUAAAAGAACGCAUUAUAUGCCUGAUGGGUCCAAUUCAUGAUGAUCUUAGUUCUCUAAUAGUGGCACAACUACUUUUCCUUCAGUCGGAAAAUGCAAAUAAAACAAUUCACAUGUACAUCAAUUCACCGGGAGGAAGCGUGACGGCUGGCCUGGCUAUAUAUGACACCAUGCAAUAUGUAAAACCUCCCGUUGCUACCUGGUGCGUCGGACAGGCAUGCUCCAUGGGUUCAUUGUUACUUGCUGCAGGAUCGCCCGGCCUGCGCCAUUCAUUGCCAAACUCAAGAAUCAUGAUUCAUCAACCGUCCGGCGGAGCGCAAGGCCAGGCAACUGAUAUUCAAAUUCAGGCCGAAGAAAUUCUCAAACUAAAACGACAACUGACGGGAAUAUAUGCCAAACAUACAAACACGGCCGAGAACAUUUUAUACGCCAAGAUGGAACGUGACACUUUUCUCAGCCCGGAAGAAGCUCAACAGCUGGGAAUCAUCGAUAAGGUACUGGAACAUCCGCCGUCCUCCACGGAAGAGUCCUCGUGAUGCACUGGCUACUUUGAAGGUAGUAGCAUUAUUUGACCUUAAUAAGUUCAUAAACGAUUCCAGAAUA